AGGGUGUGGGAGGGUGUAGUGCGUAUCAGGGUACAGCAGCUCGUGCUACUGAUUUAACGCUCACCAUUCGAUGAGAAGAGGAGACCUGGGCCAAUCGGCUGGACGUCUGAGGUAAGCGGAGCAGCCAGGUGCUCGGAGAAGUCGGCCAGCCAGAGCUGCGCUUCAGCUGUCGGGAGGUCAGAGCAGAGCCAGGAGUUGAAGCUGGGGAGCACUCGAAGUCAGCUGAGCUCACUUACAGUGAGGGAGCACUGCAGUGUGUGUGACAGAGACGAGGAAGAGACCAGGGAAAGACCAGAGAGAUACCAGAGAGAGACCAGAGAGCUGGUGCCUGUCUGACUCGGCUAACCAGCAGUUCAGCAUCAGAACCAGAAUCAGGUUCAGUCACAGUUACAAUGGCCAUUUGUGGUAAAUGCUUUUAAGGUUGAUGGUCCCGAGCUGAACUGAGAUCAUGAAGUGUUUGGAACUGCUGCUCUUCUUACUGCUGUUUGUAAGAGAUAUAGGUGCUCAGUGGAAUGUAUGGAUGCCCAGGGACAUCUCUGCUAUGACUAACUCCUGCGUGGUUAUCCCAUGCACGUUCAUGUACCCCGCCAGCAUCAGGCCUUACCGGGGCAUCCACGGGAUCUGGUAUUUUGGCCAGCCUUACCCUCAGCUCUUCCCUCCGGUGGUGUACAAGUCCCGCACGGAAAUCGUGCACGAAAGUUACAAGGGCCGCACCAGGCUCCUGGGUGACUUACUGCAGAAGAACUGCACCCUGCAGAUCAGUAAUAUAGGAGCUGAGCAUUCGGGAAGGUAUUACUUCAGAGCAGACCUAGGAGGAGCAAAUAUAUACACCUACCCUGAUUUCACCGAGCUCAAGGUCUUGGAUCAGCCAAACAUUGACGUCCCAGAGGAAAUAGUCACUGAUGAGAGCUUGGACUUGACAUGCUAUGCGCCAGACAACUGUCCAGAAAUGAGCCCUGAAAUCCACUGGAUGUACACAGACUACCUGCCCGACCCACUCUUCACUACGGACUUUGUGGAGGAAGGCAACACAGCGGUGAUGUCCAGCACUCUCACUUUCACUCCCAGGCCUAUGCACAAUGGGCAACUGCUGGGCUGCAGGGUUCAUUACCCCAACACCACUUUCUUCUAUGAGCGCCUCAUCUCCCUGGAUGUCAAAUACGCCCCUCGCAAGGUGUGGGUUAACGUAUCUCAAGAGGUAAUGGAGGGCAACUCAGUGGUUCUGCACUGCGAUGUGGACAGCAAUCCCCCACCACGAAUAUCCUGGCACUUCAAAGACGAGGAGCUGAUGUCAGACAUAGCCUCAAAUGCUUCACUUUAUCUGGAGUCCCUUACUCCAGAGCAGGAGGGGGUUUACACCUGUGUAGGUGAUAAUGGCUAUGGAGUGAUGAACACCUCCUUGUACCUGGCUGUCAGGUACCCUCCAAGGGAGCCAUGGGUAAACGGCUCCCUGACAGUGCUGGAAGGCACCUCGCUGGCUCUCCACUGUGGCACUCAAGGUAACCCCGCCCCCACACUCACCUGGCUGAAGGAUGGAGAGCUGGUGGGGACCAUAACAGCCGAUGAAGUGUCCGUACUGGAGCUGCUAGAGAUCAGACCUCAGGCUGAUGGGACGUACCGCUGCCUGGCUGAGAAUGAGCAUGGCCGUGCCAGCACCUCGCUCAACAUCACUGUGGAGUUUGCCCCAAUUCUCCUCGACGACUCCAAGUGCACCAUAGUGCGAGAGGGUGUGCAGUGUGUCUGCAUCGCCUCAGGGAAUCCUGAGCCCUCCAUCGAGUUCUACCUGCCCGACCUCAAUAUCACUAUUAAUGAGACGAACGGCCGUUUCAACUACUACACGCAUUCGGACGGCUACACGUCCACCGGCAUGAUCAAACUGCGUGACAAAGGUGAAAGGGGUAAUAACGGUGGCACAGCUGUUCACGUUCACUGCAGCAUCACCAAUAUGUACGGCACCGAGACCAUCCGGCUGGAGCUACAGCAAGAAAAAAAGUACAUGAUGGCAGUGAUCGUGGGAACCAUUGGAGGAGUGGCUGUCAUUGCUUUUAUCAUCGCAGCUGUAAGAUAUGUGGGACAGAACAACAAAAAAGAGAAUAGCAACCCUGGGCAGGACGUGGGAUCUAAAGUGGAGAAUCCCUCCAUGUUCUACAGCGCAGUCAAGAAGGACAAACAAAGUCUCAGGAAAAAAGUGCUUAAGACUGAGCUGCUGGGCUCUAAGUUUAAUUCCAUCCUAGAGGAGAGCACGGGAGACGACAGUGAUUACCAGCCUGUUGGCUCAAUGGCAGGCCUGGAGAGGCAGGAGCUGAACUACGCUGCCCUGGAGUUUAUGCGAGGGCGGCCUCGAGAGGGAGGUUUAGGGAGGGGGGAUGAUGGCAGUGACUACACAGAAAUCAAAGCCAAAUGAAUCGCAAUCCUUCCCUGAAGCCUCGACCGAAAGGGAUACAGUGGCCACUAAGGCCCAGAGCCUUCCUUUGGUAAUCAGUCUUUCCCAGUCAACUACACUUCUCCAUAAUUCACAAUGAGCAUCAUCCCCUGGGUUGGAGCUGCUUUUACAUCUUGCAGUGUCAAAUUCAUGUGAAUUUUCCAUGUAUAUUGUUUUGACGUUUUGGCUAAAACCUCAUCGGUUUUCUGCUGCAGCCCCACUGCCCUGCUGUUUGUAUUUAGAAGGGAUGCAUACUAGUUUUCUAAUACAUAUUGAAAUAGCAUGUGGAUGGAUUGCAGCCCAGUCCUGUUUCACUAGUGGUCCUUCACACUGUGUCCACAGCAAGCCGAAGCAUCAGGGAAUGAGACAUGUGGCAUGUCUCGAUGUUCUAGCACUGGCAUCUCCAAUUAUACGUUUGCAGACAGAAUAUUUCUUCAAAUCCAGAGAUGUUCUCGGCCACUCCCUGAGCAUACCAGAAUCCAUGCUCAGUGCAGUGCGCAUUCAGUGAUUCUCUUAUGAUGUGUCCUGAAGUGAUUGUUUAAGUGUCUUUGGGUUUCUGUGACUCCACUGUAGGCAUUAACUGAUAAAGAGAUUCUCCAAUUUAUAGCAUCUGAAACAGAUUUUUUGGAAGUUGGUACAUGGCAUGGCUGACUGUCAUUUUGCUUUAUAUCUUUUUACAGUGAUGAUAUUCAGAUCAAACACUUUAUUCUUUAGUUAAUUCUGACAUACUUCCUGCAAAGGUUCUUGUAGUCCCUGUGGUAAGAGAAACCAUUUGACUUUGAAAAGAAAAACACAAUGCAUUUGUAAUUUUUUUAUUUUUUAUUAUUAUUUUUUUAUCUAUUUGACAUACUAUUUUAAAAAGUGUUUCACGUGUUCAGUUUUUCUGAGAUUUUAUGUGUAAGACAAAUGUCAGAAUGAGUAACCAUGCAAUGACUGGACUGGUAUACCCCUUCUUUCAAUGACAGAUCAUUUUGUGUUAUCCUAUGUCCUUUCAUAGGUUUAACUCAAAUCUAUUUUCCAGAGUUUUGUGCAAACAAACGACCAAAAAAAACCUUCACAGUUUUCUUUUUUUCUUAUGGAUUUAAUGUCAGAGGACAACAUCAGGUAAACCCUCAAAGACAGCAGAAUGCAAUCCAACAAGUCUGAAGCACACGGAAGUCAUAUGAGAUCUAUUAAAUACACGUGGUUUGACAAAGGAGCAAAAGGUAUCACUUUACCAAAGGUGCUUUGAAUAUAUGUAUUAUUUAUUAUUCUUCAACAUCCUCUAUUGAGGUUGUACAAAUUAAAAUGUCAUGUAGAUGUGUACAGUGUGUACAUAUCUCAAAUCUGAACUCAUACAGCUUGAUUUUACUAACAAUAUAAUACAUAAAAACAACUUACGUUAAGAAAGGCACCUGAAUUGGUAAAGGGAUACUGUAACAUGUAAAUAUGUGUUUUCUAUUGCAAAUCCUUGAAAAUACAACAGGACUAUGCACUCACUAUAUAGCAUUUUUCAGGAUUUCCAACACAAAAAUUAUAUUAAACAUGGAACUAGUAACACAGAUUUAUUUGUGAACAUAAGCAAAGUUUUGUUAGUCUAAUUUUUCACUUUGUGCAUUGUAAAGAAUAUUUGUAAGCAUCUGACUGUGUGGUGAUGAUAACGAUGAAAAUAUUUUUCCUCAUUUAUGUAAUAAUUCAGAUGGAAACUCUGCAAUCUUUAUACAAAAGCAUUGUUCAGAGCUGCUCAUGUAUUUGAUGUUUGGCUUGUCAUCUUUUUGUUUGAAACCCUUUCAGCCUCAAUGCCACCCCACCUAAAGCAAAAAAUAAAGUAAUUGAGAAGGAAA